AUGGCAAGUGACACCAAACCCCGGAAUGACGAUGUACGAGUUGCACAGGUGCUCAAGACGUACAAGAGAUAUCUUCAAGCACGACGCCGUAUCGAAAACCACGACCAGCUUGCCCGUAUGUUCCAAGAAGCAAGAUCGAGGCUGCUCGAGGAUUACAAAGGUCGUGAGGAUGAGUUGGAUCAAUUUGAGGAUCUCGAUGAAGUUGGAAGAGAAGGGAAAUCGCCGGUCGAGGCUGGUCCAAUUCGACAGCCAUCCCUCGACCGACACAAUAUUGACCCUGUCCUUCAUGGCAAAGGAGGCGAUCUGAAAAAGGACAAUGAAUCCGUUCCGCAGGUUCAAAGCAUAUGCCAAGAGGCUAUGGAUGAUGAGAGGGCGGAUUUAGCUGCCAUGAUACAGAAAUUUACCAAGAUCCUCGGAGUCGGAUGCGACUCCCAUGUUACCUUCGAUGACCUUGUCUCAGAUACUCGCAUCGGUCAGCUUAAUGAUCUCGAUGAAAACCCCCACGCAAAUUUACGAGCUCAAGUACUCACGUUAACACUUCUUAGAAUGCCACGGCACUACUUCGAUAUGGUUGCACAAACGACCACGACCAUGUGCAGGAGUGCCAAAUAUCUCAACGACGAUCUCAGCGAUGAAGAGGUGGCACUCUCCCUGACUAUGUACAAUGAAAUCGAGAAGAACAUGAAACUCUUUGUUGCCUACGCUACUAAUACCCGUGCCGCUUGGCGAGCCAACGAAGAAAGGAAGAAGAAGUCAGACACUACCACUACAAAUCUUGAUCCCCACAAAGUUCAGAUCUCAGCCUCUCUGAACGAUAUCGUGAUCAAUUUGGGUCUGAUGGACGGAGUCAACUUCCAAGCCAACAGAGACACCCCGCUUCGACAAUUACGAAAAGCUGUUGCACGAUUACCAGAGCCUCUCAAAGAGGAAUACACCAGACAAGACGCAGGCAACGACUUUCGAGACUUCUUCCUGGGGAAAACGCUGGAUCUGAGGAAGAAGGAGGCCAUGCUAGAAUUGUAUACUGCAUUGCUGAGAGGGAGGCAAUUAAUCUGUGCUGAAGAGGAUGAGGAGGAGAUGGAGUGGUAG